GCCGUAGAUGUAGCUGUAGCUGUAGCUGCAAGCAAGUGCAGUGUAUCUCAAUCCGAUUCUGAUAUUUGCAUGGUACGCGGAUAAGUCACUCAUUCAGUUCGGUCAGUCGCUUGAUGAAGCGCGCGCUCGUCGGUCGGUGGCAAUAAUAAUAACAAUAAUAGACGCAGUAACGGCCCUUGUUAUGAUUGCGUUUACGAGCUCUUCAUAGUGGCUGAAAUAGAAUUAAAAAAUUAUGCAUAAAAAUUAAAAUUGAAAUUAAUAUGCCAACGCCAACGCGACAAAUACACAGCAUAACAAUAAACAUAAAUUUUAACAGCCUAAUAAACAAAACGAAAAAUUAAACAGUGCGCAAUAAAUUAAAAAUCGAAUCUGAGGUUCGAAUUUGUGUGCAGGGCGUAAAAGCGCGGCUGAGUGGAAAAGUGCAAUUGGGCAACUAAACAGAAUACAAAUUAAAAUAAUAAUUACAAUUAUAAUUUUUAAAGCCAAGUAUACGAAACACGGUCCCGUCAUUUUCGAAAAAGUGCAAUUAAAUAUACAUAAAUAGAUAAAACAAUUGUAAAUUGUUGAUGCCAUGCAGUUCGACUUCAACUGAGCCUACAGCCAGAUAGAUAGACAGACGGAAAGAAAGAUUUAGAUUUAGAUUUUGCAGCAGAUCCAUAGAGCAACCAAGAGCAAGUGCAACCAGUGCUUGGAGCUACGCAGCUUGACGUAGCUGCCCAACCGCCAAGAUUCUCACCGCCAACAACAUGAACUCGUACUUCGAACAGGCUUCGGGCUUCUACGGCCACCCGCAUCAGGCGACGGGCAUGGCCAUGGGAACGGGCGGCCACCACGACCAGACUGCCAGCGCGGCAGCGGCCGCAUACAGAGGCUUUCCGCUUUCGCUGGGCAUGUCUCCAUACGCUAACCACCAUCUGCAGCGCACCACACAGGACUCGCCCUACGACGCAAGCAUCACGGCGGCCUGCAACAAGAUCUACGGCGACGCCGGCGCCAGCGCCUACAAGCAGGACUGCCUUAACAUCAAGGCGGACGGCGUUAAUGGCUACAAAGACAUAUGGAACACAGGCGCAAACGGUGGUGCUGGUGGAGGCGGCGGUGGCGGAGGUGGCGGUGGCGCCGGAGGAGGCGGCUCGAACGGUGCCAAUACAGGAGCCGCGAACGGACAGAAUAACGCCGCGGCAGGAAUGCCAGUCCGACCUUCCGCGUGCACUCCAGACUCUCGCGUCGGCGGCUACUUAGACACUUCGGGUGGCAGCCCGGUAAGCCAUCGAGGCGGCAGCGCCGGUGGGAACGGCAGUGGAGGUGGUGGUGUGGGCGGCCAGAGUGGAGCCACUGGCGUUGGAGGUGGUGCUGGCGCGGCCACCGCUUGGAAUGCAAACUGCACCAUCUCGGGCGCUGCAGCAGCACAGACAGCGGCCGCGAGCAGCUUACACCAGGCCAGCAAUCACACAUUCUACCCUUGGAUGGCUAUCGCAGGUGAUCGGGAAACCGCAGAACCGGCCACAAGUAAGAUAAGAUCUGAUUUUACACAAUACGGCGGCAUAUCAACAGACAUGGGUAAGAGAUACUCAGAAUCUCUUGCGGGAUCACUUCUUCCAGACUGGCUAGGUACAAAUGGCCUCAGAAGACGCGGCCGCCAAACAUACACCCGCUACCAGACGCUUGAGCUGGAGAAGGAGUUCCACACAAAUCACUAUCUGACCCGCAGGCGGAGAAUCGAAAUGGCGCACGCGCUGUGUCUGACGGAGCGACAGAUCAAGAUCUGGUUCCAGAACCGGCGCAUGAAGCUAAAAAAGGAGAUACAGGCGAUCAAGGAGCUCAAUGAGCAGGAGAAGCAGGCGCAGGCGCAGAAGGCAGCGGCGGCUGCGGCUGCGGCAGCAGCGGUGCAAGGCGGCCAUUUAGAUCAGAAUUAGAACGAAAUUGCUAUAAAAAAAACAAACACACACACAUCCACACAAACACACAUACACACACACACUCCCAGACACAUACACAGACACACAACAUAAAUUACUUAAUAUAAUAAUACGAUAAAUUCAAAUUGAAAUUUAUAACAAUUAUUUGAAAUGUUGAACCAACCGCAAAUACGUAAAAGAGCAAAAUGGGAAAACAAAAUUACAAAUAAAUUCGUAGCCUAAGUAAAGGAAAGUUGACGAGAAGCGAAUAGAAACGCGAGUACUACUUAAAACUACUCAAAAUACACCUCGAAUGUAUUUUCUCCAAAGCAAGAAUUAUAUUUAUGUUAUAAUUGACAAUUUUGAAAUUGUUUGCAGGCGUAAGAUUUGUUUCGCGUACGAUAAUGCUUAAAACAAAGGCAUUACAUAUUAUUUCGAAUCGGUUCCCAAAAAUAUGAAGACCCCUAAGCCUUUCCUCCCCCCACGUUCUAUCGCUAUUGUUUAAAUUAUUGUUUCGCGAAGUACUUGUAGAAUGUUAGCAUGAGGAAGUGUAAAAGGUUCUGUUGAUAUGAAUUUUUAAGGCGCGUUUUAAGCUAAUUAUGUUAAAUUGAAAUACUGGAAAAUCCUUAUGAAAAUUUAACACUAGUAUAAAUAGAAUUUGUUAGUGAGGUAAAAAGUAAAUGUUCGUAAAACUUAAUUAUGAAAAUGUGUAUAGUUUUUGCUUAUAAAUUAAUGCAAUUUAGUUUACUUUGUUUAAUUUAAUUAAUUUGUUUAGUUCUUAUUUUAAGUUCCCUAAGCGUGCAACAGACACACAACACACACACACACACAAACUGAAACUACAACAGCCACAACAAUCGAAGCUGUUUCUUUAAGUAAUUUUUAGAGUUUUCUAAACUGAAUAUUUUUUAGUUGCAUUAUGUUUAAAUUUAGUUUAAUAAAAAGCGUUUAUGAGAUUAUUAUCUGAAAAAAUCAACAAGCAGAAAAACAACAACCAGGCAAACACAAUAAAUUAUUGGUUUUGAAAAAAUCGAAAAAGAAAUCGUUUCGCAUUUUUGUGUUAUUAUUUAUUAGCAUUAUUCAGAUGUCGUUCGUCUGUCAAGCCUUGCACACGAAUUUGAAAAUCAAAAUA